AGCGGGAGUUGUGCGGGCACCUUAUGGAGCACGGUGCGAGGCGGGGAAAUGAGACGGCUGGACCACAUUGUCUCUGCUCAACUCGAAGCUGGACAUUCCCGCACGAGCCAUCGACCUUGGAACCCGAGACAGAAUCCCAGGUCGGACAUGGAAGACGGAACGGAGCUCAAGGGCACGUCUGAACCAAAGAAGAAACGUAGCCGUAGGCGCAGCCGUGGAUCUAAGGCAUCAGUCGAGGUGACAUCCAAGACUUCCUCGUCCUCGUCAAAAUCGGGAGGGCCGUCUGCGCUUUCAGAGCCGCCAGCACCAACGCAACAUAGUCACGUGGUCACCAAAGCGGAGACAUCAGAUUUACGGAACAAGACGAUCCCGCUCUCUCGUGUCCCUGCGAUGAGAUCGGAGUGCGUACAGCCAUCUACAGGCUUGCGGCUCCCAGCCGAGAGUCAAGAGCUGGUUGUACGAGUCACGGCCACGCCGCCCGAAAAGCGUGAACCACCCGGUGGUAUACGCACACCUCAUGCGACCCCGUAUCAGAAUGUCCCGUCGCGAGGUGAUAAUAAUGAGCCGCCCGGCUCUGAUACUUCAACGUCGGUUCCUGAGCGUGCCAGUGAAACCAGCCAACAGUCGCCACAGCUGCCGGUCACCACAGCGGGAGAACGGCUUCCUCCGAGUCAUGGUGAGCACAGGCCUGAAAUGCCCAAAUGCAGCCCCGUCGUUGCGGCCGUGACGACAGCCGACACCAGCGCUGUUUCUUCUUCGGAUCAACGGGGCACAGCAAGGACACCCUCGUCUCUUCAGGCGGAUGGCAUCGACAUCCCGGCAGCUGCCGUUAACCAGACGUCGAUGAAGAAGCUGCUUCGUAAGCCCUCUGCGAGGAUGACCACGGGUACGGGCACGAGUGAGGAGCAGCGGCGUGACUUUCGUCGGGACUCCUGUCCAGCGGCUUCUGUGGCGAAGACCAGUGCUGCGAACGACGUCGCAAGCAAACAGAUCAAGUCGUCCCGCAAGAGCCGACUCUACAAGCGCAUUAGCCUGCGUGACUUGGAACAUUUAGCACACAAGUCACCAAGACUACCCACCGUCGACAACCUUGCCUCCUUCAGAAACCUUCUAAUCGUGGUCAUCGCCAUUGCUGUGAUAAUUUUGGGAGCCUUUUCGGUGGUACUUGUGCUCCUGCAUUCAACACAGAGCUCUACCGUCAACCCACGAGUCAUCUGCAGCACUACAGGCUGCGUAAGCCACGCGACGCUCCUCACCUUCCACCUGAACAGGAGCAUCGACCCUUGUGAUGACUUCCAUGCCUACGUAUGUUCCGCGUGGAAGAGCCAACCACUGCACUACGAGUUCGGUGAGUCAGCUAUGAAAGAUCUGAUGUACACUUGGUUCAGGCAAUUUAACAAAACGCUACACGAUGGUGCCCUCAAACUGCCUGUUGGGAGGAAGCCGAUGAAUAUGUACAGCGCCUGUAUGGCUGAUAAGGAUGGGUACGGUACAAGCGUCGACAAGUUAAUGGACGUAAUGCACGAUAUCGGACUCGCUUGGCCGGAGGAUCCCCCACCAGCAAGCGACGCCUUUGCUGUUAUGAUAUACUUGUCCUUCAACUUUGAAGACGUCGCUUGGUUUAGGGCGACUGUUUUCGACAGGCGGAAUUCUCUAAAAAAGCGCUUCGUUCUAGCACCAGCAAUCACGCUACCUGCUCAUCUCCAGCAGCACCAUGUUGUUCGUGAAGCCGGUACCUACUACGAUUAUUGGAAGGCUUUCUAUAAGGUUCUUGAUCCUAAUGACAAUGCAGAGAUGGCAAACGAAGACACGGUCCAUGAGCUUGCUCGCACAGAAAUGGACCUGCUUGUAACAUUUUACAAAGCAAUGCAAGCACCAGUGAAGGAGCCAGCCUCCUUCCCCUUCCGCAGUAUCAGCAAAUACACGAGAAAUAUUUCGUCUGAACGAUGGUUGACGACAGUGAACGCCAACACUGGUCAUGGCCAGACGUUUAGUGCUGAUGACGAAGUCAUAGUGAGCGACGAAACCUUCUUCAAAACUGUGGGUGGCGUUCUGUCUGCUUACAGCAAUCUGCAAUUGUUGAGGUACUUCUCCUGGAUAUUUGUACAGGUCCAUGGCCCAAAAGCGGACCAGCGGCUAUUCUUGCCUCGCUUUGUAUGGCCUGACAGGGCGCACUUCCUUCGACCAGCAUACUGUGCCUCUAGCACAGAAAUCUCUUACGAGCAGCUGGUGUCAUCAUUAGCGUAUGCGUCGCGAUUCUCCAUCGAGGAAAGGAACCUGGUUGACGCCAAAUAUAAAAAGUUGAUCGAAACAGCAGUGAUGAAGAUAGUAGCGUCCCACUGGCUGGACGAAGAUAGUAAAAAGAUGAUUGUGAGAAAGCUAAACCGGCUGGUUUUGAGACUGUGGCCGCCAAGUGAAUAUCUAAAGAAUGAUCAGCUAGAACAAUUCUACAAAAACUUCACUGCUCAUGAGCCAACCUUCGGAGGGUUCUGGGCCAACGCCUCGAGAAGCCGUCGCCAAGGCAGGGGAUUCCCUGGUUUUCCAGACAAGGCUUACGGCAGAGUGAGCUUCUUUCCACCCUACGCCGCUUACGAUCCACUUACCAAUAGCGUAAGGGUUGCCUUUGGCGCCUUGUCCGGACCGAUGUACUACAAUGACGGAACGGAAGGCAUGUUCUACGGAGGCCUCGGGCACUUGAUGGCUUCAGAAAUUGUGAAAUCCUUCGGAAAUGAUGGCCUGAAGUGGAAUUGGGAAGGCGAAAUUACCGAGUCAUUCCUCAGCGAAUCUUCAAGGAAAGCUUUCCUAGAGAGAAGCACCUGCUUAGAAUCUGGGAGCGCUUUUCCGCAUAUUCCCGCUAUCGAGAUUGCGUACUCAGCACUUUUGGACACCCUCGCAAACGACAGCCAACCCGUCGCCAUUCGUGAGGACCUUUCGGAAGAAAAGGUGUUCCUCAUGACUCUUUGUUACGUGACUUGCAAGAAAUCCAGCGCCCUUGUAUCUGUAACGCCAGACUGUAAUGCAGUUGUGAGGAACUUUCCGCCUUUUGCUAAAGUUUUUAACUGCCCUAAGGGAUCGAGAAUGAAUCCCGAAAGACAGUGCACAUUCUUUGAAUGACACCGUUGCCGCCUGGCCACUACGCCAACAGCAAACUCUUAGUGCCUUUUGUUAAUAGCAGCCACAUUUACAGCAUGUAUAGUUUUUUUUAUUUCAGGUUGUGAGAAAAGGGCUUGACAGUUCCUCGAUGUCCCGACGCGACUAAAUGUCGCGGGACACAAAUGAUUUAUGUUCGAGCUUUGUUUUUAUGACCAUGGCGAAUGAUUUGCGAGCUUACAUUAGCUACCACUUUUCUUGAACUGUAGUGCCUAAUACAACUGUCUACUAUACGUUUAAUGUGCGGUACAUUCUGUGCAGAAUAUAUGUUGCAAAUUAUUACAGAA